ACGAACUCUAGUAGCGGGAGAUGCAAUCACAGUUGGGUAGUUCGUAGCGUCCAACCAACCUCUCCUCGUCUUCUCCGCCGCCUCCUUCCCUCUUUUAUUUGCACGUCUCCGUCGCUCACUAAUCAUUUCCCUCCUCUCUUUCUCUCCAAAUCAUCCCAAAAAAAAAAAAAAAAUGGCUUCUUCAUUUCUCUCCAAUACCACCAUCUCUUUCUCCUGUUCCCUCUCUUCCUCUCCUCUUCCUCGUCUUCUCCCCUCCAUUUCUUUUUCUCCAAUUCGUUUCAAGCCAACUCCAAGACGAAUCCUGACCGUCCGAUCCAAGAUCAGGGAGAUCUUUAUGCCUGCCCUCAGUUCCACCAUGACCGAGGGCAAGAUCGUCUCUUGGGUUAAAUCCGAAGGCGAUAUGCUCUCCAAAGGCGAAAGCGUCGUCGUUGUCGAAUCCGACAAGGCCGACAUGGAUGUCGAGACAUUCUACGACGGCAUUCUCGCUGCUAUCGUUGUUGGGGAAGGCGAAACUGCCCCUGUUGGCGCUGCCAUUGGUAUCCUCGCUGAGACUGAAGAUGAAAUUGCCGAGGCUAAAGCAAAAGCUGCCUCAAAAUCAGGUACCUCAACCCCAGCUGCUCCACCUCCUGCUCCUUCUUCAGCUCCAGCUCCAGCUCCCUCAAAGCCAACGCCAGGUUCCGCGGCUGCGCCAGUUGCGGAGGGGCCAAGGAAGACCGUUGCGACUCCAUAUGCAAAGAAGUUAGCGAAGCAGCACAAGGUGGAUAUUGAGUCCAUCGUGGGAACAGGGCUGUAUGGGAGGAUUAAGCCUGCGGACAUUGAGGCAGCUGCCGGUAUUUGGCCUUCCAGGAUAAAUGCGCGGCCUGACGUGGUCGCAGAAGCUAAGCCUGCUGCUCCACCGAAAGUUACAGCUGCUGCUGCUGCCACAUUUUCUAGCCUGCCUCCUCCAGUUCCGGGCUCUACUGUAGUGCCAUUUACGACAAUGCAGGCUGCCGUUUCGAAGAACAUGGUGGAGAGUCUUUCAGUGCCCACUUUUCGAGUGGGGUAUCCUGUGACUACGGAUGCGCUUGAUGCCUUGUAUGAGAAGGUGAAACCAAAGGGUGUGACAAUGACUGCUCUGUUGGCGAAAGCUGCUGCAAUGGCACUUGUGCAGCACCCUGUCGUGAAUGCAAGCUGUAAAGAUGGCAAGAGUUUUACUUAUAAUGGUAACAUCAACAUCGCAGUAGCUGUUGCUAUCAAUGGUGCCUUGAUUACCCCUGUUCUUCAGGAUGCAGAUAAGUUGGAUUUGUAUCUAUUGUCUCAAAAAUGGAAAGAGCUGGUGGAGAAAGCCCGGGCAAAACAGCUUCAACCUCAAGAAUAUAAUUCAGGGACAUUCACGCUGUCCAAUUUGGGCAUGUUUGGAGUGGACAGGUUUGAUGCCAUUCUUCCCCCUGGCCAGGGGGCUAUCAUGGCUGUUGGAGCAUCAAAACCAACUGUUGUUGCUGAUGCUGAUGGAUUCUUCAGCGUGAAAAACAAAAUGCUGGUGAAUGUAACUGCUGACCACCGAAUUGUCUACGGUGCUGAUUUGGCUGCCUUCCUUCAGACAUUCUCAAAGAUUGUUGAGAACCCUGACAGCCUGACUUUGUAGAUGACGCUUAGGUUUAAGCAAUGAAGUCACAAGAAUGCUCUAAUUUGUUAGGCGGCAGCAAAGCAAGAUGACUGUCUGUCUAUUUAAACUGAUCACCUAGCUAAAGUGCCUUUUUUUUUUUUUUUGUAGUAAUCACUUGUUUGUAUUUCAUUCUUGUUUUUUCUUUUUAGGGGUUUUAGGUGCCAUCUGAGAUGCAGGUGAGUUAGAUAUUGAAAGAAAGAAAUAACAACAGGAAGUUUUUUACAGAAUUAAAUGAAAAUUGUUAAGAAUUGUGGUUUUAGACUUUGUUUUCCAGUGUUAACUAGAUUUGGCGUUGAACAUAAUAAAGUCCGAACUCAGGUGUUUUUUGCUCUUUACCAUCAUAGAUUCGAAGGUGUAGAUGUAUGAUUAACUUUGGAAUGUAUGAAAUAUUUGCAGAGGCAUGCAAUAUACAUGCCAUGAUAUAUGAUUAACUACCUUAAGUUAUAGGCAGUUACCAGCUUGCAGGCUGUCCAAUCAUCAUGGCUGAAAUGUUGAGAAGAAUUGAUCUCAUUGGGGGUUAGAUUUUGUAUCAUUUUCUGUUUCAGCACCAGGAAGAAGGAUUUAAACCAAAUUAAAAAUAAAAAAAAAAAAAAAACCAAUUUGAAAU